AUGACUACAAGAGCAACAUUAUCUGAUAUAAGAAAUAACCUCACACUAUCCAAGUCCAAUAUCAGCAACAAUGUUAUUGGAGAAUCCCAGGAAACAUCUCAAAGUGGGCAGCAACUAGGUUCAGCUCAAACGCUGCGCGUUCAGCUUGAUGAAAGUUCAGCAUCUGGUCUUCAAAUACCCAUCCAAGCAUCGACAAAGGAAAAAAUUGGUGUUAAGCCAUAUCAACAGAAACAACUUGAAGAUAGCAAGUCAGGUUCACCAAAUCGAAAAACAUUUAAAAAAGACCAUUCCAAUACUCAUACUGCAUCCGAUACGUACAAUGAAGUACAAAUCGUUAUUGAAAAAAGUAUGCCAGACUUUAAACCGUUGUUGAACCAAGAAGAGCCUGGUCGACUUGCACCAUCACAGAAACAGCAUCAUUCGGACUCAAAGUCGAAACAGUCGAAAGCGCGACUUUCAUCAUUGGACUCUACUAAACCAGGCCGUCCCAUUCAACUGACUCCAAUUCAAUCCCAAGAUACAGCCUUACAGCAGCCUCCACAAAUAAACCUUUCAAUCAAUUCUGUAAUCCAAGAUUUCAAACGCUUUCAAGGCAGCCAACAACAUCCUGGAACAAUCCUCAAUAUCAUCACCUCGGAAGAUGAUCCAGUCGUUUACACCGAGUUUGACAUUCUCUGCAAUAAUCUCAUUCAAGUAUUAAGCAAUUUGGAAACAUCUAUAGAAGAUGUAACGGCUUGGAAAAAUGAUUUUCUCAAGCAAUCUGUUCCAUCUGAUGUCAAGCUUGAACUUACUCUACUGUUUUCCAAACUCUACCGGAGCAAAUCUGAUUUUCACCAGCCAUUUUUUGAUCUAGUCAAGGCUGUAAAAAUGUAUUCGCGUCCUUGGGGUGAUAAACGGAAUGCGCUGCUAAAGCUUCAAACGGAACAUCAGCAACAUCACCAUGUACUGGAUAUUGUGAUAAGAAAGCUGGAAAACAUGCAUAUUCAAAUGAAUAGAACAAAGGUACAUCAUCGAUUGGCAUUGUGGGAACGCCUAAUGUCUAAAUUGAUCAUGCAUCAGGAAAGCGAGCAGCUAAGUCUGAUCAAUGACGAGAAUGGCCAGAUUAUCAAUCGCAUAGGUACCACAAGUGCAAAUCUUGAAAGUAACUCCAACACAUUACAUGAAAAUUCUCAUGGUCGACAGUUCUCACCCCAAAGUAAUAUUUGUUUGACUAAAUCAAAGCAAGAUCGACAGUUUUUAAUAACAGAGGAAGCCCAUGCAAAGGAAAUUGCCUUGCUUAAACUAAAAUCCACAAUCCAGCUUUAUGCCACCAAUGAACCAGAAUGGCUUAUCCAUGUCCGGACUCUACUGAAACGAUUCAAACUCCAUUUGAAGAAAACGUUUCCUGGCUUGAAAAAUAUUCUAUCACAAAUUUUGAAACGGCCCUUUCCCGUUCCUGGACCAAGUAUGAACUACAUAUCUACAAAAACAGGAACUAUCAUGUUUAAACAACCAUCAUUUCCACGCCCUCGAUCGUACUCGUGCAAUGAUUUUAAACUAUUGCAUAUGCAUUAUCAAAACAUAGAUGACAUGAUUGACAAUGUGACAACUACAGAUGCUAUGUGCGACAUGCUAAUGGACGAUGCUGACGGUAAAAAAACACCUGAUCAGUCAAGGGAGAAAUCUAUUAAAAGCACCUUGUUUGGUACUGCAAAAAAAAACUUGCGAUGCAAUAGCCUCAAUACAUUAAUUGAUUUGGGGAAACGUGCCCACUUACGGAAACCAUUCACGAGAAACAGACUAAACCAUUCAAAUCACAGCUCACAAAACGACGUGGAUGAAAAUGAAUUUGAUUAUGAGUCGGAAGAUGAAAUUUCCGAAGCAAGUGCUCACAGUGCCAACUAUUCUGACUUGGACAAAAAGUACUUUCAACGAUUUAGAGACGAAGACAUUCAAAACAUUGUCAACACUUUUAUGGACAAUCAUUCAACAUAUACCAGCCAUACGGUUGAAAAUAAUGCACUAGGUAGCGGAAAGCAGACAAAAGUAGAUGUUUUUCAGAACCUUGAUGCAGACAAGGAGUUUUUUAGUAUGCAGGAGCUUGACCAAGCACAAAAAGAUCAGGAAGAUCUAAACACCGAAUGGGAAAAGCGUUACAUGACUAUACAAGAGCAACUUCAAAAAAUGGCUUUGUAUUACACAAAUCAAGCACGUUCAGGCGUACCAUCUAAUUCUGGAGAAAACGUACAUACUCCUCAGACAAAACAGUUCAAUACUGAUAUGAUUCGAAAUUUGAUUACUACUCCUGCAAAACGUGAUUGUAUCAGUUUUCGUCGAAAUACUAUGCCAGAAGACUACGAUGACUCGUCCGAAUUGCGGCUUGAUCAGCUUCAAGCUAGACUUGAACAUAGAAAACUGGUAUCUUUAGCUAAACGAACACAAAGCAUAAAAUCCAAAGUACGUGAGCUUCCUGCACGGAGACUUCCGCGCUUUACCUCCACACCCAUGGCUAUGGGUUUUAUGGAGCGACUGUAUUGGUUUACAGAAAUGUCGUUAAAGAAGCGUGCAGAAUCAAAAUUAAAAGUAACAGAGAUGGAAAAGGCAGCAAAUGAGCAAAAGCUGGCGUAUCUUCAACGGAUGGAUAGAAAUGACAUUGAAUCUACCAAUGGAAUGCUUACCGAAACAAACGGGCUGUUGGCAGAGUUUAUGCCCAUGCCUGGAACAGUUACUGGUUCAAAACAGCAUCGGGAUAUUUGGGCAGAUCAAGGCAUUUUGUCCCCAUGGGGUGGUCGAUUCAAGAUACAAACUUCCAAGCAAUUAGGAGGCAAAAAAAUCAAUGUUUUGAAUCUUUUUGACGUUGCCAUGAACAUUCCUGUUGAAUCGUUGCCCAAAAACAAUGGAAAAUAG